AUGCCAAAGGAAGGGAAACAAGAAAAUGGAGAGACAAGUGAGAAUGGUCUUACGGAUCAUGAGAAGCUUAUUUGGGGAGAGUUUAAGGAUCUUGUAUCUUGCCAGAACAAAGAGAUUGUCGAGUUUCUGUUUGUCAAACAUGUCAUGACACCUUUGUUGGGUCAUAAACAUGCCAAUGCUGGAAUCCGUCUUCUAGUAGCAAAGGAGUUUCUUGAGUCUGUUGAGAGCAUUGUGACAUCUCAGCGACCUUCUUGGCGAGCUGAUGCAGCUAGUGUGGAUACUAACCGCAAUUCCGUGCUUCUGAUGGAUGAUUUGACGCUUUUCGCUCACGGUCAUAUUGAGGAUAAACCUUGCUUAAGUGUUGAAAUAAAGCCCAAAUGUGGAUUUCUACCAUCUUCAAGCUUCAUAGCAGAAGAAAAUGUCAUCAAGAAGAGCAUAACUCGUUUCCAGAUGCAUCAAGUUCUAAAGCUCAAAGAAAACGAGAUCUCAGAGAUCAGUGAAUAUGAUCCAUUAGACCUUUUCUCUGGAUCCAAAGACAGAAUACACAAAGCGAUAAGAGCUCUGUACACGACUCCUCAGAACAACUUCCGAGUGUUCUUGAAUGGUUCUCUUGUGUUUGGAGGAUUAGGUGGUGGCAUAAGCAAGACAACCACAAAGACUGAACAAGAAUUUGAUCAUCUGCUCAAAGAUAUCAUCAGAACCGAAGACGGCCUGCGUUCAAACCAUUUCAUAGAGCUUGUUGCUGAAACUGUUUACGCAUCUGGAGUUCUAGAUCACCUUCUUGACGUUCAAAAGCUCGACAAGUAUAAUAUCGAAGGAGCGAUUCACGUGUACUACGACUUAGUUGAGCAGCCAUGUAAAGUGUGCGGAGAGUUGGAGAAGAGUGAAUUGACAAGUCAGUUCAGUUUCAUGCAUUCGAUUCCGGUGGAUGAAAAAGUGAAUGUUUUGAAAGAUUUUCUGAUAUCUGCCACUGCAAAGGAUUGUAGUGUAAUGAUAGGUUUUAGAUCAACAGAGGAAGGGAUCUCAAGAUCUUCUUCUCAUAGUAAUCUGAAUCUUGAAUCAGCAAAGCAAGAAUUUGAUUACAAGGUGCAUUUCAUUGAUCUUGAUAUGAGACCUUUAAAGAAAAUGGAAGUCUAUUACAAAUUAGACAAGAAGAUCAUCAACACAUACCUGGAGAUGCUAAACAAGAAAGAAGCAAUGGGAGAGAGAAGAGAUGAGCCUGAAUGA